UCAAUUUUCAAUUUCUCGUCAAGUCUAGCUCGCAUCCACCAUGAACGGCAAACUCAUCCUGUCUCUUCUCAUCGGUGUGGCCGUCUUCCUGGCCGUCCAAGCCGACCACCACGAUCAUGACCAUGAAAUGACCAUGGACGAGAUGAAGGCAAAGAUCAAGGGUUACGUCGACAAGACACCAGCUGAUCAGUUGGCUGACCGCAUCCAGAAAGGAAUUGAUUACCUGGUUGGUGGUGGGGCUAGGCCAGCUCAUUUGCCAGCUGCAGUUGAUCACCACGUCGCCAAAAUGAGCCAAGAUGAGAGACAAGAACUGGCUGACUACUUGAAAUCCUUUCUGCACUAGAUGAGAUCAUUUGACGAUGUUUAAGUAACAAGGCUUCACCUUAUAUAAUUCAAGAAAUUAACUACUUUCAAUAAAUUUUAUAAUUUGUUGAAUGGCUUAAUGAAUAAAUUACUUAUUAUCACAC